AUGCAGACAUACGCAGAGAAAGAGACAAUUUCCGAGCAGGACGUGAUCAUGCAGGGAACUGUGAAGUCUUUGCAGGAGUCCACAGUUGAGCUCGUGGGAAUAAACAGCAUAGUUUGCGCGCAGGGAGAGACUAUCUCAAGAAUCCAGGGAAAGAUAAACGAGGCAGAAGUAACCCUGAAAAGAGCCAGCAGAAAGCUCACACACCUCCUCAGAAAAACAAAGAGAAAGCGCAUGGUUUCGUUCUGUUUGUUGUGCCUGACUACGCUGGGUAUAUUUACGCUGGGAGCAUAUACGUACAAAUACGCAUGA